CGCCCCGCCCACUCGCUCUCACCUCCCUGCAGCUCGGGCGCCUCGUCGGUGUUUAUUAUGAGAGACCCGUGAGAGAAACGCUGGCUUUCGCUAUGUGGACGGAGCUGAGGAACAGGAGCACCACGCUUUCCGACCAGCUACGAGACGCCAACCUGUCUCAGGUCGUUUUCCCUGCUCCUUCACAGGCCCCCCUCGCCUCACACAGAAAUGGCUCAACGGUGGCGUCUCCGGCCCCGCUCACAGAGUCUCCGGUGCCUAAACGCAGUGGGAUCAUACCAGGUGCGAUAGCUGCUGCACUGUUCAUAGGCUUCAUUCUGGCGCUUUAUACUGUUCUGUGGAAGUGCAUGGUCUCGCCACCCAAAAGGGGAAAAAGGAAAAGGGUCCUGAAGGGAGUGAGGGGAGCGGUCUGAAUCGCUGAUGAUGGCUGAUUCAGACCUCAUGAAUGUCAAGCCUUUGCCCUCCAGGACUGUGGAAGGGCAUGUUUUGCCCCAAGGCUAUUUCUGAUGGUGCGUUUUUAUGAACAGAGUUAUAGAAGCGCAAAAGCUUCUGAGAUGUGGGUCUGUAAUGGCCCUGCAUCAGUGAUUUGGCUUGCAGCCUUCUCCAAGACUAGCCAGGUCAUUUCACCAGUCAGAAUUACACAAUGGCUAAAAGAGGUAGUUUUGGAUGUUAGUAAAUAAGGCAAUAAUUUGGAGUUGGUGGUUCAGAUACAAACAGCUCUGCAAAUGGUUUGUGUCACAGCCGCCACUAGAUGGCAGCGUACUAUGUCUUUAUACUAUUAAAGAAAAUUGCCUUGUUUGUAUGGCACUUUCUGGCCUGAUGGUUCGAAAAAAAGACAAGCAUGGCUUGCUGAACCAAAAUGAAAGGCCUUGUAAAUAUUGUGUAGAAAGUGCUGCGUGGGUUUGGGAUAAUGAUCGUGGUUUGGGGAUGGAGGACUUUGCUCUGAGGGAAAUUCAGCCUAGUUUGUAGUUUCUCCUAAACAGUCCCUUUGGCCACACUGAACUCUGAACCAGCAAUAUUUCCAUCACUGAGCUGAAUUCUUACUGGGUGAAAGUGCGUCUGCCUGUCUGAGGCGGUUUGAGACCUUGUGGAUCACAGCUGCUAUUUUAACGCUUCAUUACUGUUGUAUCUGCAACUCUAAUAAAAUAUAAGAUGUGAAUCACGAGCAUUUCAGUCAUUAUUCUCAUGUAUUUAUGUAUUUGCACCACCAUACAAGCCCCAGUCACAGUCUGGACUGGACUGUGUUUUAUUUUUUAAUGGAAAACCUGGAUCAAAGUUUUAUAUCAGUCCACAUGAUUUCUGUCAGCACAACGUUUAAUUUAUAUCAGUUCAACAUUCUAGACCAUGUUGUGUCUGUGAGCACGGUGCUGUAACCCUUCGUUUCUGUUAGCCUAGAGUUCUAGACCAUGUUGUGUCUGUGAGCACGGUGCUGUAACCCUUCGUGUCUGUUAGCCUAGAGUUCUAGACCAUGUUGUGUCUGUGAGCACGGUGCUGUAACCCUUCGUUUCUGUUAGCCUAGAGUUCUAGACCAUGUCGUGUCUGUGAGCACGGUGCUGUAACCCUUCGUUUCUGUUAGCCUAGAGUUCUAGACCAUGUCGUGUCUGUGAGCACGGUGCUGUAACCCUUCGUUUCUGUUAGCCUAGAGUUCUAGACCAUGUCGUGUCUGUGAGCACGGUGCUGUAACCCUUCGUUUCUGUUAGCCUAGAGUUCUAGACCAUGUCGUGUCUGUGAGCACGGCGCUGUAACCCUUCGUUUCUGUUAGCCUAGAGUUCUAGACCAUGUCGUGUCUGUGAGCACGGCGCUGUAACCCUUCGUUUCUGUUAGCCUAGAGUUCUAGACCAUGUCGUGUCUGUGAGCACGGUGCUGUAACCCUUCGUUUCUGUUAGCCUAGAGUUCUAGACCAUGUCGUGUCUGUGAGCACGGUGCUGUAACCCUUCGUUUCUGUUAGCCUAGAGUUCUAGACCAUGUCGUGUCUGUGAGCACGGUGCUGUAACCCUUCGUUUCUGUUAGCCUAGAGUUCUAGACCAUGUCGUGUCUGUGAGCACGGUGCUGUAACCCUUCGUUUCUGUUAGCCUAGAGUUCUAGACCAUGUCGUGUCUGUGAGCACGGUGCUGUAACCCUUCGUUUCUGUUAGCCUAGAGUUCUAGACCAUGUCGUGUCUGUGAGCACGGUGCUGUAACCCUUCGUUUCUGUUAGCCUAGAGUUCUAGACCAUGUCGUGUCUGUGAGCACGGUGCUGUAACCCUUCGUUUCUGUUAGCCUAGAGUUCUAGACCAUGUCGUGUCUGUGAGCACGGUGCUGUAACCCUUCGUUUCUGUUAGCCUAGAGUUCUAGACCAUGUCGUGUCUGUGAGCACGGUGCUGUAACCCUUCGUUUCUGUUAGCCUAGAGUUCUAGACCAUGUCGUGUCUGUGAGCACGGUGCUGUAACCCUUCGUUUCUGUUAGCCUAGAGUUCUAGACCAUGUCGUGUCUGUGAGCACGGUGCUGUAACCCUUCGUUUCUGUUAGCCUGGAGUUUUGUAAUAUUUUAUUUCUAUUAGUUUUUCUUAAUAAUUUGGUCGGCGACCAGGAAUAAAAUACACUAAUCUCAAAAGGGAGUGCUUUGCACCAGAGUUAGCUAAUGUCCACCUACGGUCCCUACACGGGGAAACCUAUGACUACUAUUAAAUACACAAUAUACAAUACGAAGUUAGACUCGAGUUCUGUAACAUUUCACUGCUGUUAGCCUUGCGUUUUGUAGCAUUUCAUUUCUGUUAGCCUACUCUGUGGUAACAUAACUAGAAGUGUAGCCUUUUGCACAUUUUUAUUGUGUGAUUAUUAAUGUUUUGUGUAUCGUCAACAUAUACGUAGCAGCACUGGAGGUGGUAGUGUUUUGUAAGUUGCGCUGUGUGAUGUUUUUCACAACAGGACGUUCCAGAGAGACCCUGAUUUUGUCCACAUUUUGAGUGUUUAAAAUAUGAGCUCCAUGCAGCUCUUUUGGAUUCUUCUUGGUCUUACACAGUUUGUGAACUGGGGUUAUAAAAGCCAGAUGUGUCCAGAACGAUGAACAGAGCCAUAUAUGAUUGUACAAUGACUGAAAACACUGGAACAUUAAGAACGAGGUUGUAAUAAAAUUAGCCUCUAAAUGCCUCUUAUUUCAAAACCGCUGAUCAAAUCUUGAGGCAGAUAACUUGAAAAUACUGUUAAUGUAUAAUUACAAUAAUUCAUGUAAACCUACUUUAAUUUCAUAGGAAGUAAUUACAGUAUAUAAUAACUUCCAAAAUACUUGAAAUAGUGACAACCAACCCGAACGCACCUUUUGAUAUUUAGUAUAUUUAAAUCUACAUAUUAAUAAGGUGAUCCCAAACUUUUGAAUAACAGUAUAAAUAGAAUGUUUUCAGACGGUACUUCGUGACUCAGUUUAUCUCUGACCAACAUACAUAAAAGCUCAGGUUCUAAGCAAAAUCCACUACUUUUUGACCCUUUAAGUUGCAUGUUCUGUACAGCUUGCUCUACUUCUAUCUUAUCUUAAGACCGGCUUCAUUAGGAAGUUAGUAGCUAAUUUUAUGGCAGAAUAAGCCACAAACGUAGAGGAACAAGAUGUUAAAAAUACCCAAAGUGUAUUUCAAACUGCAAUCAUUCUAUAAUACAAACACAAACAGAUGUUGCUUUCUCAUCACUGGAGUGUACAGUGUGUUGUUCUAUAAAAGUUUUUCUGAUUUUAAUUUAACAGUACAGUAUGCUUAAACAAAGACUAACAUCAAACAUGCAGGUAUAAUGAAAUUAAAUAAGACAAUACAUUCAACAAACAAAAACCAUAAAGUGAGUAUUCUGUGUAAAAAAAUGAGAGAAUUCUAAAACAUUAUUGCAAUUUCUGUGUUAUCCCCCAUUAUGUUGGGAGUUUGGCUCUUAAUUGUACAGUUUAACAGUUGCAUGUCACGGAUUUCACUGAUGUGAAAAGGCAAGAUCAUCCAAGAAAACAAGCGUUUCGAGCUUAAAGCUACAGCCCGUUUACAGCAUCGCAACACAAGGGUGUCCUGAAGCUUAAGGCUCUUAGAGAGGUCCUAGAUUCACGUUUCCUUUUAAAGAAAGUGUCUGGAAAAAAAUUAUAUCAACACAUUUCACUCUUAGCCCAAACGUAGUCAAUCAGCCACGACUAAUGUAGCUAACAGGUAAAGAGGCCUUAUAGGAACCAGUUAUGUGCAAACUGCACAUCUGAAUCACCACACGCUUCCACUGGAUAGUAACAAAGCUGUGUACUUAAAUAGGGACUGUUCAAUCUUAAUGUCACUUAAAGUUACGAAGUAAUCUCAAAUAGACUUGCUUACAUGGUUUCUACAAACUGUUAUCUACAAACAUGGAGAAAAAUUUGACAUAGCUAAAAGAGACGUAGCGGCUCACCUAAACAUUUUCUCUACUUUUGACAUUUUCACCAAAUCGCUUUAAGUAAUCUCAAAUAACGUGUUUUUUUACGCUGUUUGUCACACUGUUAUCGUUGAAAAUGGACAGCAAAUAACGAACAUAGCUAAAAGAGUAAUAUCAACUAGCUGGAGGCUUAUUUUUGGUCUUUUUCUGCAAUAUCUGUUAUUUUUCACCACAUUUCACCAAAUUUCGCCGUAUGUAAUCUCGCUUGUGUGGUUUUUGAAACUCUUCGACAUACUGCAAUCUGUAAACAUAGACAAAAGUAAUUAACGUAGUUAAACAGUACUAGCAACCACCUGGAAAGCUACAUUUUUGGUCAUCAGACUUGCUUGUGUGGCUUUUGAAACUGUAUGGCAUGUUAUUAUCUUUGGAAAAGAUGCCUUUAUUCAUGUCUUGGUUUAUUGACUACAUUUGUGGCAGGAAGAAAAUGGCAUGAAAUAAAUUUUUUGCCAGUUAGUGCCCCCUUUGUGAGCUGAGUCAGGUGUGUUAGAACAGGCAAAACAGCACGGUGUGUUGCACGAAGGCCCCAGUUGGUUCAACAUGUUACAACUGCCUGUUCAUGCUUCCCUCUCUUUGACUUCAUG